AUGACUUCAGGUUUUAGCCCCAAUGUGAGGACGGUGAAUACCACGAAGCCAGCAUUGCUUCUCACAGAUUUGCGUCCAGCCUCUACGUAUAACAUUGAAAUAUUCACCCGGCUUUCCUCUGAUGGCAAACGUUCUGCUGAAGCGGCCUCGCUACAUAUACGCACAAAGUCUCCUGUCAAGCGACCGAAAGCAGUCACUGGGCUUACUGCAGAAUCGGGAGAAUUUCGUUCCCUGAAGAUUUCCUGGCAUCUCAAACAAGCGGCAACUGACCCAUUGGAAGACAAGAUUUCCCAUUUCCUCAUCACUUUAUUCAGACUAAACCCGUUCAAUGAGUCAGCAGAUGCUGCACAAUCCACAGAAAUCGUUCAACCUCAGCAGAUUACUGUUCCAGUUUCGACUACCACACCGGUUUCCGGUUUCUUUGAGCACACCGCGAGGAAUCUACUUCCGGACUCUUUUUACCAAAUUUCAGUUCAGGCUGUGACGGUGAACAAUGUGACGGGGUACCCUUCGGUGAUUAGCUCAUCACCCAGAGUCGCUUCCAAGCCACCGACUGCCUCACCUAAACAACUUCACGUUUACUCUAUCGGCGCCCACGUGGCAACCGUUUCUUGGAAGCCACCUGCGUUGGAGAUGAGGAAUGGCGAGAUAAUUUUGUACCGACUCAGCAUCUCGUGCGAUGACUGGUUGCAACCCAGGCAAAUCGUCGUUCUGGACCAGCUUACUCAGCUCAUCCAAGGCUUUACACCGUCCACCAGCUAUCAGCUCACCGUCUCCGCCGCGACACGCGGAGGCAAUGGCCCUGAAUCCUCACCAGUGACGUUCAAUACAACGGACAUGGAGAAUGACGCUGAUGAAGAGGCUAAAAAGCAUGGUGAUCGAGCUUAUCAUCUCUCCGGAGGACACAGACAGAACGCCCCUGUCAAUCUACCAGUCAAACUUCCAUCUACCACUACUUUCCAACGAUAUGCUGGAUCGAUCGAAAAUCUCAGAUGUGUUUCCGAUGAAAACAGUCUCCUGUUAAUGUGGUCUCCGGCUAUUCAACCCACAUCCGCGACUUCGCACGAUUUCAAAAGUGAUGAGAGAUUGGAGGUUGAUCAUUAUCUGGUCAAAUGGGGUAAACUCUACCCCGGUCCAAAUGUCAUCAAAUUGGCCCCCAAUCAAACACGCUUUAUGAUUGAAGACCUAGAUACGGAUACCCCAUAUCUAAUCGAUGUGACAGCUGUAUACAAGGACGAUCAUGUCGCAUCGGCGAUGGUUACUUGCCGCACCAAACAUGCACAAAUGCAAAAACAGCUCCUCAUCCCCCUAAACUUGCACUUGGUAUCUUCGGGACCGGACUGGGCAGUGUUAGAGUGGGACGAACCCCAUUGUCCCGAAACCCACGAGCGUCCUCCUUUAGAGACUGUGUGCCCGCGUACCGGGCUAAUGCAAACAUAUCAAGUUGCAUACAGGCGCACAGAGUCCGAUGAUGGGCACCUUACCGAGCGUCCGUAUGAAGAAGAUGAGGGUGUCGAGGCGCAGGUUGAUGAUUUCUGGAAUAAUGCUGCAGUUGAUGUCUCCGGUAUACUUGCGCCAUCUCUCGGACCUGGGGACCCUGCUGAUCUACACGUCAUUAACGUAUCACAUGCAUGGGUCCGAUUGGAAAAUUUGACCCCUGAUCAAAGUUAUUCCGCUGUUGUACGGGCCAUAAGUGUCGAGAACGCAUCCAACAUUGAGAAAACCUAUGGAAACCUUCUAUUCAGCGAGUGGAGCUUGGCAGAGCGUUUCGAUACAACAAAACUCAAACCAGAAGAUGCGCCGGGUGAUAUCAGGUUGACCGGAAUCACCCUCGGGAAUGGCUCGUCAGGACUCCAAGCCUCUUGGCAGCCUCCGGAGCGUCCAAAUGGCAUGUUGAUUGGCUACCUUCUCUACUUCACCCACAAUGUCCAGUUUCACUUAUCCGAAUGGCAUAAACUGAAGUUGCCAGCAAGCAGUGUGAAUGCCGUCUUAUCAGAUUUGCUUCAAGAAACCUUCUAUUUUAUACGGAUUCGGGCGAGGAACAUCAAUGGAAACGGUCCUCUUUCCUCGAUCUACGUCUUUCGCACUGCAUCCGCUGGUGGUGAACUGGGCAAGGAAGUCCUACUUGACAAGGCCUACUAUGAUCCAAAGUCUGUACUUUUGCAAUUGGCGCCAACAGCAGGAAGCCACUCAACACAAUUUUCCGGGCAGAAAGCAGGAACUGCCGUUGAAGGCAACUCAGAAUUUCGAUUAUCAAGCAACUCUUGGGUUUUCAUCACAAUAUUCUCCUUUCUCUCUUUGCUCAUAGGCGUGAUUAUAAUAAGUACUUUAUUUCUUCGCUGGCGUCGACAGAAAACAACAACUACAGCUGGAUAUCAGCCGGGAUUAGUAAAUGGUCUGAAGGUGAAAGCAGUGGAGCAGCCGGCCUUCGGUGGUACUGCCAAGAGCAAGAACAAAGAACGAAUUCCAGUUUUGAACACGCAGCAUCAUGCAUCAGGCAACCGCAUGAUCACAGGUUCCACUGCCGAUCGAAGAAAGGAUCCUAUUCCGUAUACGGUGGCAACCGACUCUAGAACCCAUUCAAGUAAUUCAGCAUCUGCAGCCACCGGGGCAGCGUCACUGGACCAACCCUACAGAAAAUCUCAGUAUCUUUUCGAAGACACGGCAUUGGUAUCUGUAGACUCAAUGAACCGCCUCCCCAGCCAGACAGCCAUUCAAACGGCGAGUGGGAGUAGCAACUCUUGCACAGGAAGCUUGGAUACACCAACACGUGUGGUGACCAAUCCGACUUACCAACUGCACGCUAAUCCCUUCCGAUUCUCAGCAAGUGCUCAUCCUGAGUCCAUUAUGGCCAAUUCGUACGCAUCGGCUACUCUUGGAUCUGCGCCACGGAAUAAAACUGUCACUAUCCCGACGAUGUCCGGUCCACCAAUGCCGCUACCAUUCCUAAACAAUACUGGAGUCUCAUCCAUAAUGGCUCAAUGUUACCGGUCAGGGGAAUUUCCGGGUGAAUCGAGUGUGUUAAACAUGACAGGUCCAGAACAUACAGGGGGUGGACAGAUGAUGCCAACGCAUAUUGCCUACAACUGCCAAGUGCAGCCGGUUGGAAUGUUUUACUCUGCCGACCCAACUCAGCACCUCACAUACACCCCUGUCGAUCAACAAUUCCACGGUGCUCCCCAAGCAACAGUGAGUACCCCUCGAGUGAACGCCGCCGAAUUGUUAUCCUACACAAGCUUGGACGACGUACGUCCUGUGAUGUCAUCGUCCGUUCAUGCUAAUGAACAACUUGCAACCGUCCAACCUCAAGCGGCACGUGAUGCUCAUGCGGCCGCGAGACAAGAGCUGCAGGAACAAUGUGGCUCCAAAUCAACAGUACGUCUGGUGGACUUGAAACAGCAGCGAUCUCCGAGGCAUCAUCCACAAGUCAACCCGAGUUCUCAUCCAUCCGAGAGGAUGCUCCAAGGGCCAGAAAACGAACAUCAAAUGGGCUACUCAAAAGGGCAUAAUGUUAGAGUGAUGCAUUCAAACCAUGAAAACGGUUGUGCAGAACGCUCAAAUAAGGUGUUUAGCUCCGAGGAACUCUCGAAAGAAAUGGAAAACUUGGAGGGGUUAAUGAAGGACCUGAGUGCAAUAACGCGAGGAGAAUUCGGUUGCUAA